AUUCUUGAACUCCGUGCGGACGACGAGGAUUGGAAUUAAGGUAGACUGGCCUCGACUCUAAUACCUGAUCGAUUCGUCUGUAUCCAGCAUGGUUGUAAUCCCAAUUCCAAAUAGUGAGCACUGGGUAGACUGCAUCCCCGAGCGUAACAGUGGUCAAUAAAAAUGGCGCAAAAACAGCAGGCACGGUCGUCGGGCAAGCCGCAGGACUCUGGCUCCUUGACACGUGAAGACUUCGAUGGUGGGCCUGUCAGCAUCGACGAAAUCGAGACGGGCUUGUUUCUGGGCAACUUGACGGCGGCCACGCAUAUGGAAACACUGAAGUCGUUUAAAAUCACGCACAUCCUCACGCUUGAUUCGGUGCCACUGCCGCAGCACAUCUUAGAGGCCAGCUUCCUCACAACCAAAUACAUUCAAAUUGCUGACAUGCCGCGUGAGGACAUCCUGCAGCAUCUGGAAAGCUGCGUGAACUUUAUUAGCUCAGCUCUGGAUCAGCAGGGCAAUGUGCUGGUGCACUGCUAUUUCGGAGUAAGCCGUAGCUCCUCAACGGUUAUUGCCUAUAUGAUGAAACGACACAAUCUGGACUUCCAACCCGCCUAUGAGCUGGUCAGGGGCAAGCGACGCUUUGUGCAACCGAAUUCAGGCUUUAUUACUCAACUGAAGCUGUUCCGGCGCAUGGGAUGCAAAAUCGACCCCAGCUACCAGCGCUACAAAAUGCAUCGCCUGCGCCUUGCUGGGGAGCAGAUGCGGAAGGCCAAGAUUCUACCGCAGAGUUUUCACAGCGUGGUGCGUCCGGAUCCAGACAUAACGCGCGAAAAUCCCGAGCCAAUUGUUUUUCGUUGCCGUCGUUGCCGUCGCGUUCUGGCCUCCAAGUCUCAUGUCCUCGAGCACAAGCCGCGCGACAGGCUUCCUCGGGAGGGAACGUCGACGGCUGUCCCAAAUGAAGAUGCCAGCGGGGAGACUCCGCCGCCGACCCAGACCCAGGCGGACAACAUCAGUGCACCACGCAUGCUGGAACAAGUUGCUGAGCGCAUACGCCAAUCUUCCCUGGGCUCGCCAGGACACGAGAGCACACCCAACCAUUGCCGCAGCAUGUUGUUUAUAGAACCCAUUGCCUGGAUGCACCGCAUUAUGCUCAACACGCAGGGACGUCUAUACUGCCCCAAGUGUGAGCAAAAGCUGGGCAACUUUAGCUGGAUCAAUGCCUGCCAGUGCCCUUGUGGCGAGACAUUGUCGCCUGCAUUUUAUCUGAUACCUUCCAAGGUGGAACUCUCCAAGGCCGUUCAGAAUGUUCAGACGACAGUUUAAAUUGGCAUUUGCCGUCAGGGUUACAGGAGCAGUGCGCCUAAUGCACAGAAACCAAGCUCCAAUUUGUAUUGUUACGCAAUGAUUACAUAUACAUGCACACAUAUGUGCAUCUAUAUACAUAUGUAUAUGUGUAAAAUAUCGCGUUUUGCUGCUUCAUACGCAUUUGCAUUGUUUGUUAGAUAGUACCAUCUACUCGACUACUUAUAAACGUAUUUUACAUAUUUAACUGAACCUUUUGGAAACGAAUUUUUCGCUGAAUAUGAAACAUAAGCAUAUUUCCGGGGACAAUACAUAAAUUUACGCUAUCAA